AUGCCAAAUUCAAUUAUAAACCCUGUUUUAUCAAACCACAGACAAAAUUUUAAUAAUAACCGCGAUAAAGAAGUUGAUGUUGAUAAACCUAAUUAUUUAACAUCAACUCAUCUGCCAAGUAAUAUUAAAAAGAGGCAGAAGAAGAAGAAAGGAGACGAGUCAAAUCUUAUUGGAAAAAUAACAAAUUACAUCAGCCAACAAAGCAAAAAUCCUAAUAAUGAUGAAAAAAAACCAACCUCGAUAAUACAAGACUCAAGUUAUAAUAAAGUUUACAACAAUACCAAUUUUGUUGAAAAACUAGUGUUGGGGGAUACGGGAUCCGACGAGCUUGCCUAUGUUCAAGUCCUACGCAUAAGUGACCCUACGAGCUUGCCUGUGUUCAAGUCCCUAAGAGGACGAGACUGUGACUUGGCAAGAGAUUGGGAGAAAGAGCAUGAAUCAGUAGAAAUGAUUGAUGGAUCUUCGGUUUACUUUCACCAACCAAAAUUUAUAAGCUAUGAAAAUAACAAUGGGAAUAUAGGAGAGAAUAUAAGCGGAACUAAUACAUUUAUGUUUACAAAAAGAGAACAAAAAGAGAUCAUGCAAAAUCAUCCUACAAAACGGAAAAAAAUAGAUGAUUAUUUUCCAACAUAUCAAUAUCAACAAUCACAAGAUCUUAAUGAACAACAACUUGAUGCUGACCUUGGAAAUUUUGAGGAAGAACAUUGUUUUUUUGAUAAAGAAAAUCAACCAACUGAGGCAACUGUCAUUAAGGAUAUUGAUAAUGUUUUCAAUGAAAAAUUCAAUCAGUCACAAAACAAAACAAAAAAACCUGUUAGCCAAGCACUAUCAUCAUCAACUACAACCACUUUUGUUGCUGCAUCAACUAUUGCUAACAUUGGUAGGAAAAAAAUCAACAUUGCACAAGAAAUUUUCUUAGGGUUAAGAAGUUGGCAGAUCUACCUACUCAUUAAACCUUUUAUUAAGCUUUCAAUGUUAGAUGCUGAAGGGCUAUACAAUGAAAUAGCUGGUGGUAUCAAUAAUAUAACAGCAAGACUUCCUGAUGAUGUUAAGCAAUAUCUUGAGGAAUUACUUGCAGGUGAUAUUGUAAGUGCAUUGGGAAAGUUGGAUCAACCACUUGCUGAUAAUCCAAACGAUUAUUUUCCCACAUGCCAAAAUCAACAACCACAAGAUCUUGAUGAACAACAACUUGGAAAUUUUGAGGAAAAAUAUUGUUUUUUUGAUAAAGAAAAUCAACCAACUGAGGCAACUGUCAUUAAGGAUAUUGAUAAUGUUUUCAAUGAAAAAUUCAAUCAGUCACAAAACAAAUCAAAAAAACCUGUUAGCCAAGCACUAUCAUCAUCAACUACUGCUACCUUUGUUGCUGCUUCAACUAUUGCUAAUACUGGUAGGAAAAAAAUCAACAUUGCACAAGAAAUUUUCUUAGGGUUAAGAAGUUGGCAGAUCUACCUACUCAUUAAACCUUUUAUUAAGCUUUCAAUGUUAGAUGCUGAUGGGCUAUACGAUGAAAUAGCUGGUGGUAUCAAUAAUAUAACAGCAAGUCUCCCUGAUGAUGUUAAGCAAUAUCUUGAGGAAUUACUUGCAGGUGAUAUUGUAAGUGCAUUGGGAAAGUUGGAUCAACCACUUGCUGAUAAUCCAACAUAUAAUAUCAAUUAUGAUCAAAAACCAUCCAAUAGUGGAUGUGUCCCUAAGAAUGAUGCAGUUGUAUAUCAAGACAAGUCGGCAACUAUUUUAUACGAACAAUCUUAUAACUUAAAAGAAUACACUCUGUCACAUUAUUUAGGAGACUUUUCUAAGCUUGCACAUAAUAGUGUCGAUGAUUUAAAUUACCACUUUACACAAUAUGGUAAUUGCACUACUACCACUGCAAAAACUUUUAAAUCCAUGAAAUAUAAUGUUUCGGUGUAUGUUACAGAUAUUAUUUGUAUUAAAACAUAUAGAAUAUAUGAAGUAUUAAGUUUUAGAAUACCAAUAUCUUAUUCUGAAAGAUGGAAUUUAUUUCAUAUUGCAAAAUUUGGUGCUCUUUUAGAG